CUUCCUGCGCUGUUUCUUUGUCUGCUUUUGUAGCCUCAUUGCCAUCAUUCUCCAUUAUAUUUUUGCAUUUAAUCAUUGUGAUUUCUUGAUUUGUCUGUCUUUAUUCAUUUUUACUUUACCCACUCAUUUCAGAAGCAGAGAUGGUUGGAGUUGAAAACUUAUGGAUAGACCUGUUUCACACAAGGACAAAAAUAGACAGGUUUCUGUGGAAUUUCAGCCACAGCUAAAGCAUUUUGUUCCACUAGACUCAUGUACAAAGUCCAAGAAAGAAAACCAUUUUUCUGUAUUGAAGUUUAAGGUUUCAAAAUCUUUCAAGAAUUUGUAUCAAAAAGCUAAAGUAUCAAAUGGUUCUGGUAGUAAAAGGUUUGAAUUUGAUGGCAUUGUGAUGACCAACUCAGUUUAUUGUGGUUCUCCCGGUUUUCUUGAUGAUAAAAUGGAGGUUUUGUGUGAUGGGGAAAAUGGUGGAAAAAUUGAGUCUUUAGUGUGUUUGGAUGAAAAGAUUGGUGGUGGCGGUAGAGAGAGUUGUUCAAGUUCUGUUUUUUUGGUGUCUGUGAAUGAAGAACUUAGUAGUUCUGAGGAUUCUUGUUCUCCAUCUUCAAUUGCUUGGCAUAUUCAAGAGGAUGAGGUGCAGCAUUGUGCAGAUUCUGUUGUUUCUGAAGAGGUAGAGAAAGCUUAUGUAGAUAAAAGGAAGUUGGAGAAACAAGGGUCUUGUUUGUCUGAGAUCGAAAUGAUGAAGGAGAGAUUCUCAAAGUUGCUGCUGGGAGAAGAUAUGUCUGGUUGUGGAAAUGGGGUAUGCACAGCACUCGCAAUUUCUAAUGCUAUCACCAAUCUAUGUGCUACUCUUUUUGGGCAAAUUUGGAGAUUAGAACCUUUACCUCCGGAGAAAAAGUUAAUGUGGCGGAGAGAAAUGGAAUGGCUUCUCUGUGUUAGUGAUCACAUCGUAGAACUCAUACCCUCUUGGCAGACAUUUCCCGAUGGCAGCAAGCUUGAGGUCAUGACUUCUAGGCCACGGUCAGAUCUUUACAUCAACCUCCCAGCACUCCGUAAGCUGGACAAUAUGCUCCUUGAGAUAUUAGACAGUUUCCGAAGCACAGAGUUCUGGUAUGUUGACAAAGGGAUUUUAGCCCCAGAAUCCGAUGGAUCAUCAUCCUCUUUCAGAAAUCCCCUCCCUCGCCAAGAGGAGAAAUGGUGGCUUCCAGUUCCUAGAGUUCCCCUUGGUGGCCUCAGUGAAAAUGCAAGAAGGGAGUUGCAGCACAGACGUGAUUGCACAAACCAAAUCCUGAAAGCUGCAAUGGCUAUUAACAGCAACAGUUUAGCUGAAAUGGAGGUGCCUGAAUCAUAUUUGGAAGGCCUUCCUAAGAACGGGAAAUCUAGUUUAGGUGAUCUCAUCCACCGAUAUAUCACUUCGGAUCAAUUUUCACCUGAAUGUUUGCUUGACUGCCUUGAUUUGUCUUCUGAGCAUCAAGCAUUUGAGAUCGCAAACAGGGUGGAGGCUUCAAUUUAUGUGUGGCGCAGAAGAGCUCACUCGAAACCUUUUGCUAGUACGCAUAGGUCCAAUUCAAAAUCCUCAUGGGAAAUGGUUAAGGAUUUGAUGGUUGAUGGUGAUAAAAGGGAGGUACUUGCUGAUAGAGCUGAAAGCCUUUUGAUUUGCGUAAAGCAACGGUUUCCUGGUCUUCCACAGACAACCUUAGACAUGAGCAAAAUUCAAUAUAACAAGGAUGUUGGCAAAUCUAUUUUGGAGAGCUACUCGAGAGUUCUUGAAAGCUUGGCAUUCAAUAUUAUUGCACGCAUUGAUGACCUUCUUUAUGCGGAUGAUUUGAAUAAGCAUUCGGAUCAAUUUGUGCCAAUCUCCAAAGUCGGUAUUGUUGCUCAUAAGAGCAUGGGGACUCCUCUUUCAGUACCUGUCAAUGGCACUCCGUAUAAAACAGCUUUUACGACACCAAGCUUUUCUCCUUCCCAACAUAUUACUCCAGCAAAGGGAGAAAGAUCAAAAAACAUUGAAGGCAGCAAGCUUUCUAAUCGAGGCUUUGGCGUGAAAAAAGUUUUAACUGAUUAUUUGAGCAUCGAUUCAAAACGAAAAGAUGAUUUCAGACGAUCAGAUUCAUUUUCAAGCACAUCUCAAGAUGUUUCAGCAACUGCAUCAACACGCUCUUCAGAAUGUUCCAGAGAAAUUGUCAGCCCAUCGACACAUGACUCACCUGCAAAGGAAUAAGAUCAAGUACGUACUGGAUCACGCUAUGUAGAACCGUGUAUUUGAGUGUGAAAUAGGUGUUUUAGCAUAUACUACUUCAUUCGUCAAGUAUCUUUAUGGUCAUAAACUUGACAUCCUUUGUUCCUUUAGCCAUGUCUGAUGGUAAUGUUACAUUUUCUUUUUUUUUUUGGUUUCCCAUCCGGUGUCCGGUGCUCGCAUUGGAGUCCCGACUAAUCCGGAUUGCGCGUUGCAAACAGAGUUUUCUCUGUACUCAAAAUCGAACCCUCGACCUCUGAUUAAGGGUGGAGCAGCCCCAUCCACUGCACCACAACCCAUGUUGGUGUUAAUGUUACAUUGGAUUGUACAGAAGAAUGUUGUAUCGUACUACUCUUACCAUGUAUAAUUAUCAGCCAGUUUUUGAUUUUCCAAAA